AUGGGGGGGGGCGGCUGGACAGCAUCGUCUCAUCCGUCACGAACAUAUUCGCUCCUACUGUCAACUCUGCCAGCGCCGGUCGCACGACCGUCAUCCAACCAAAACCAACUUUUGAACUUCAACUUAUUAUUACCAACACGCUUAAGAACUUACGCACCCGCGUGCUGUGCGGGUCCCAUCCCUGCCGCCGUGCAGGCUGCCGGGCGACUGCAACGCCGCCUUGCGCACCGAGUACGCGUGCUGGCUCCCGGGGACCUCGGCUACAGCGAGCCAUGCUGCAGCCGCGGCCACCGCCUGUCAGCAACGGCAGUAGCACUCACCGCUGAUGACGCUACAGCCUACACGGUAUCGAAGGAUGGCAGCAUUUGCCGCUGGGAUGUGGAGACCAUGAAGCGAACACACCUCACCCCCGCGGAGUGGGUGGCUCGUAAGGCCCGAUCUACCAGCCGCGCCGCGCUGUCGGCGGUCGCUGUCAGCAGCGACGGGCGCUACCUGGCAGUGGGGGGUGGGGACCACAAGGUACACGUGUUUGAGGCGAGCUCCGGAACCUACCUGCAGGGCUUUCCAGGGCACAAGGACCUGGUCACGGGGCUGGCGUUCAGGUGCGGCACUCACACUCUGGCGAGCUGCUCCGCGGACCGCACCGUGAAGCUGUGGAGUCUGGAUGAUAGAGCCUACAUGGACACGUUGUACGGCCACCAAUCCGAGGUCCUGGCUCUGGACUUCCUGCGGGCGGAGCGGCUCCUCACGGCGGGCCACGACCAUACGUGCAGGCUGUGGAAGCUGCCCGAGGAGAGCCAGCUCAUAUUCAGAGCCCACGACCGCGUCCUCGACUGCGUGCGCUUCGUGACGGGCACUGAGUGGGUUUCUGGCGGGUGUGACGGCGGACUGCACCUUUGGAGCCACCUCAAGAAGAAGCCGGUGUUUGUGGCGAGGGGGGCGCACGGAACGGAGGCGGGGACGCAUGGCUGGGUGACGUCAGUGGCAGUGUGUCGCAAUUCGGACUUGGUGGCCAGCGGUGCCGGCGACGGCGCCAUUCGCUUGUGGUCUGUCAACCCCAGCAAGACGGGGGGGGCGGGGGGCCUGGCCUGCAUCGGCGCACUGCCGCAGCGGGGCUUCGUGAACGGGCUGGCCAUUGCCCGCAGCGGCCGGUUCCUCGUGGCCGCGGUGGGCCAGGAGCCGCGCAUGGGCCGCUGGGCAAGGGACGCGCGGGCGCGUAACGGCCUGGCGCUACAUCGCUUGGGGCUGGAGGCAGAUUGA